GGCACUCUCCCGUAACCUAGAGAGAUGGGGCAGUCUGUGCCGUGAGGACAGAGCUUGGAAGAAAGAAAACAAGGACGAGAAAACAAACGAGACAUAAGAGGACAUCUGGAGAAAGCGGAAGGCAGAAGACAGGGAGGGGAAAACAAACCCACAGCAGGUGGAAACAAGAUCUAGAGCAAACCGGUCUGGUCCACAGUUGUUUUUCUGGAAGAGAAGAAAGUACUGAAGGAUUGCUUUUUUUCCUUUCAGUCAACGAAAACUCUUAUCUUCAUCGUAAAAGAAAAGGCUAAGGGAGGUAAAGACAAUCUUUGUUUUCUUAGGGGCACAGCUGAAUGAAACCCAGACUAGGUCUUUGAAGCGUCUAAAAUAAGCCAGUGCCUGGUACACAUUGCAGAACCAUUCUGGUCUCUGAAGAUCUACAUCCUCUUCAGGAAAAUUCCAGCCGGAGUAGCUGGUACGGUUCUAUUUUUAUAUUUUAAUAUCUAUGCCUCUUUCCCCCCACUUUUAACAACCCUUUCCUUGUUUGUAAGCACGAGUGACAAGAAAGUGUCAAUAUGGAAUAGGAAGAUUUGCAGUUUUUUCUUUUAUCUGCUUGAGUCUUUUUUAAGAGGGUAGGGGUGGUCCUUAUUUCGGAAAAGGACAUUUCAAUUUGAAAGACAGUCUCUUAAAAUAUAUUUGCACCCACACGUAUUUAGAAAGAGAGAUACCUGUCGGAGGUUGAAAUCCAAUGGGAAAGAUGGAAAAAGGAGCCAGGCACCGAAACAACACUGAAAAGAACCACCCUGGUGGGAGCAAGUCGGACACCAGCCCUGAGUCUGGUUCUGGAGGGGGUGGAGUAGCCCUGAAGAAAGAGAUUGGAUUGGUCAGUGCUUGUGGUAUCAUUGUAGGGAACAUCAUUGGCUCCGGAAUCUUCGUCUCGCCAAAAGGUGUGCUGGAGAAUGCCGGCUCUGUGGGCCUCGCUCUCAUUGUCUGGAUUGUGACUGGUCUCAUCACAGCUGUGGGAGCCCUGUGCUAUGCUGAGCUUGGUGUCACCAUCCCCAAAUCUGGAGGUGACUACUCCUAUGUCAAAGACAUCUUCGGAGGACUGGCUGGGUUCCUGAGGCUGUGGAUUGCAGUGCUGGUGAUCUACCCCACCAACCAGGCUGUCAUUGCCCUCACCUUCUCCAACUAUGUGCUGCAGCCUCUCUUCCCCACCUGCUUCCCCCCAGAGUCUGGCCUUCGACUCCUGGCUGCCAUCUGCUUAUUGCUCCUCACAUGGGUCAACUGUGCCAGUGUUCGUUGGGCCACCCGGGUUCAAGACAUUUUCACAGCUGGGAAGCUCCUGGCCCUGGCCCUGAUCAUCGUCAUGGGAAUUGUACAGAUCUGCAAGGGAGAGUAUUUCUGGCUGGAGCCAAAGAAUGCAUUUGAGAAUUUCCAAGAACCCAACAUCGGCCUCAUCGCACUGGCUUUCCUUCAAGGCUCCUUUGCCUACGGAGGCUGGAACUUUCUUAAUUACGUGACUGAGGAACUUGUUGAUCCCUACAAGAACCUUCCCAGAGCCAUCUUCAUCUCCAUCCCACUGGUCACAUUUGUGUAUGUCUUUGCCAAUGUCGCUUAUGUCACUGCAAUGUCCCCCCAGGAGCUGCUGGCAUCAAACGCAGUCGCUGUGACUUUUGGAGAGAAGCUCCUAGGGGUCAUGGCCUGGAUCAUGCCCAUUUCUGUUGCCCUGUCCACAUUUGGAGGAGUCAAUGGGUCUCUCUUCACUUCUUCCCGGCUGUUCUUUGCUGGAGCCAGAGAAGGUCACCUUCCCAGUGUGUUGGCCAUGAUCCAUGUGAAGCGCUGCACCCCAAUCCCAGCCUUACUCUUCACAUGCGUCUCAACCCUGCUGAUGCUGGUCACCAGCGAUAUGUACACGCUCAUCAACUACGUGGGCUUUAUCAACUACCUCUUCUAUGGAGUCACAAUUGCUGGACAGAUAGUUCUUCGUUGGAAGAAGCCUGACAUCCCCCGCCCUAUCAAGAUCAACCUGCUGUUCCCCAUCAUCUACUUGCUGUUCUGGGCCUUCCUGCUGAUCUUUAGCCUGUGGUCGGAGCCCGUGGUGUGUGGUACUGGCCUGGCCAUCAUGCUGACAGGAGUGCCCGUCUAUUUCCUGGGUGUUUACUGGCAACACAAGCCCAAGUGUUUCAAUAACUUCAUUGAGCUGCUAACUCUGGGGAGCCAGAAGAUGUGUGUGGUUGUGUACCCCGAGGUGGAGGGGGGCUCGGGGACAGAGGAGCUAAAUGAGGACACAGAGGAACAGCGGCAGCCCAUCUACCAACCCACUGCCAGCAAGGACAAGGACUCGGAGCAGCCCCAGCCCUAAGGACUACCAUCCCCUCUCAACUGACUCUUUCCUCCUACACCCACUUUUUACCCUCCUUCCCGGCCUAGAUCCCCCCAACACAUACACACACACACACACACACACACACACACACACACAGGCACGCACACAGGUGUGUGGAUCUGGGUGUGUGGAUCAUAGGUGUGGGUGUAAAAAACUAUAAACAAAGACACUGACACUUGUACCCAAAGAACCAGCUUCUUGCCACCAGGGCCUGUGUCUAAAACCCUGGUGAGAGUUUGCUCCAAGCAGUGGGAGGAGAGUGGAGCUGCUGGGGGUACCCUACAGGGCCUCCCCGCACCACCCUGAGGGCUCAAACCUCACUUGCCUCCUCAGGAGCCCAGUUCAGUACUGCCUUUCCUCCCCAUUCCUGAGCCCAAGAGAGGCCUCCCCUCAGAGAAAUGAAAGCAAUAGAGAGUCUGUUGGGGAGGGACAGACUCAAGCAAAUCUGUCUCUUUAAAAGUCAGCUGGAGAGACCAGUAUCCCUUGCCCUUCACUAGGGACCCAAGAAAUCAGAGAUAUGCUUCCCUCUGCCCUCUCCUCUCUCCCUCCCCGUGUACCUCCCCCCACCCCAGCUUGGGCUCCCUGGCUAGAGCAAGGUUCCUGUCAGGACACCACCUCCCUAUUGAGCUAAGGACCAAUGAGCAGGAGAACUACCCCCUCCUCCUAACCCCAAGCCAGGCCUGUGGAACAGAUUGGGAAAGGCUCAAAUUGCAGAAACCCAGCCCUGCCCCUCCUGCAUCCUGACCCCCACUCGGUGCCAAAGCUUCCUAAAGCCAGAAAGUCUUCUUGUUUUCAAUGUAGUGGACAUUUCUCUCCUGAUGGCAAAUCUGCUCAGCUCCUCUUCCCUCCCCACUCCCAUGAGAAGGAGCAGUCACUCCAUUAUCCCUGCAGCCAUACCCCCCCCCCCGCCCCCAACAUGCCUCCUGCUGGUGCCCCCAUCAUGUCCUUUUCCUCCUCUCUGGCUUGGCUCCCGGACCAACCAAUGUGAAGGCUCCUCAAGCCCUUCAGGCCUGAAACCCAAGCCAAAUCAGCCUUAAGUCACCUCCCAUCCAAGAACUGGACCUAAAAAUACUCCCUGAUUUCUAACCCUCAGGACAGACCUGGUAUGAAAAGCCUUCCUGGAAUGGAGGGCAAUUUCCCACCCACCCCCCAGAAGUGCCCAUCCCAUAAGCUGGGAGACUGUCUGGGGAGAGAGUGUCUUGUGAAGGCUAGUUCAUAUCUCCUCCUCCUCCAACUCAGAUAGCCCCCUCUCUGGUCCCACCCCUGCCUGUCUUAGACCGCCUCCAAGACAGGAUGAAAGGGCAGCAGCAGAAGGUACCCAUUUUGGAGACACAUUCUCUAUGGUAUGUGGACUUCUGGCCAUCCUGUGGGCGGACGCUGCCUUUCCCUGUACUCCAGAGGAAGGCCACCAUGUUUGCCCUGCGUCUUGCAGCCUCCCCGCCACACCUGCUGUGCUAAGGUAUAGGAUCCUUUCAUCGCAAAGCAGGAGUCCCCCUUUGCUACCUCCCUGUACCAUCUGCUUAGACUAGAACACGUGGGGAGUCGUCCUGGCUUGCUUGGCUCCACCAACUCCCCACCUGGCAUGCCUGACCCCCUACUGGUGAGCUGCCAGGUUUGGUUUGAAUUCUGGUCACUUCCAAGUGGAGGGCGGGCUAGGGCUGGCCCCUGGAGGGUCAGGGGACUGUCUUCCUGUUCUCUGUUCUCAUUCCUCCAACCUCCAUCCCUCCUUCAAUUGUUGGGGUUGAUUUGUUUGUUUGUUUCAUAAAGUGAAUGCCUUACUUUUUUGGAUAAAUAUUUUUGAAGCUGGUA